CCAACAUCAUUUAUUGGCUCUCUAUUUUUGCCUAUUCUUUUUUUUCAAUAUCAAUCAAAUGAAAGACUCUCCUAUUGUCUCUGGUGAAGUGGCUGUUCUCUUGAUACUAAUAACUUUGUGCUGAAAUCUUUCAAGUCCAUGACACUAAGUGAUCAGCUGCUCUUUACAUUGUUACUUCAAAGCUCUCACAUAUUUCAUCUCCAAGGCUGUUUGCUGCUUUUUUCUCUUCAAAUGAUUUUUCUCAUAUUCAUCCAGGAGGCUGGUAUCUCAAUAUAAAACCGUAGUCUUCUGUUUUAACAUUCAUGGAGGUUCUUGAAGAUAGAAAGUUUUCCAAUGAUUCAUAUGUUCAUAUGGCUUGAUGCUAAACCAAAAAGCUGCUACUGUAACUGUAGCAUAAAUUAUAUAAUUGUACUGGCUAAUUCUUGUUGUUUUUUCUCCAGUUUCCUUGACCAUUUCAUUAAGUGCUUUCAUUGUAUUAUCCAGCGCGUAAUGGUCUACAAAUUUCACAGUUGGUAGGGCUGAUGCUCAAUGUCUCAUCGGCUCUGCAUGAUCUUGAUCAACAAAUCCUUCAGAUUUUCUGUGCUUUCUUCAGGUGCUUUUUCACUCAUAUUUGUCCUCACAUUUACUUCUAUUUAAUGGCUUCUGUUUAUCCUAUGUCACUGCUCCCACCAAAACAUUUGUACAUAGUUCUACAUGACUGAUCUCCGUUUUCAGGCUUUCAAUCUUCAUUUGUGUAAAUUCUCUUCUUUGGAAUGAAGCUCUCAGUUGUGCAGUAAGUCUAUGUUCGGUCAUUUCUUUCUCGGUGUUGUUGUUUCUCUCCUCCCAGCGUUGGAGCAUUUGUUUGCUCCAGGCUCUCUCUUCUGGUUUUGUCAAAAAACAACUGCAGAUCACUUCUUGGUUUAUAAGACAAAUCCUUUUCACUCUGUUGUCACAAAUGAUCUCUGGUUGUUUGGACAGUUGUAUGAUUCAUGAGGUUGCCCACCUCCACUCAAAACACUCUCCUGGGGAGGAGGCUGUCAUCCAGAUAUGGUCUUCUGAGGCCCACUUUAGAGGUAACUGAUAAUUAUUAUGAAUGCCAUAUUCUCCAUACUGGUUUGGGUUGUCAGGCUAUAUACCCUGUUGGUUAGAAAACCAGAAUUUUUAGACCUCACAGAUUUCUUCCUCUUCUGGAAUUCUAGAGAUUUUAAUAGGGAUCAAUCCAAUAAGAUACUGCAGAUACUAUAUUAUGUAGUUUCCAUCCAAUAUUUUUAGAAUUGAGCAGAGUUUCUAUGAGUACCAGUGGGGACUGAUCCUGGGAUUUUGGGGACUAAAGUGGUAAUUUGGCACCAAAGUCCUUUUCUACAUCUAGUCCAUUUUUGUCUAUUUUAAACACACAUUUUAUAGGAUGUAGUAGGCCUCUUUACAUUUAUCCUACUGAUCACAUGAUCUCCACAGGCCAUUUCAAUUUACUUGUGUGUUAAUUUUAUUUUUUCCAGUCUGACAGGUCAGUUUUCCUGAGUAAGGAUCCAUGGGAAAUCAAACCGAAGUGACUGAAUUUAUUAUCCUGGGACUUUCCAAUGACCCACAAAUGCAGAUUUUCCUCUUCCUGGUGUUUUUAGUUGUCUACCUAAUCACGCUUUUGGCAAAUAUGGUGAUCAUGCUGGUGAUAAGGGCUGAUCCUCACCUUCACACCCCAAUGUACUUCUUCCUAUCUCAUUUAUCUUUUGUUGAUAUCUGCUAUUCCUCAGCCAUUGUCCCUAAGAUGUUGGUGCAUUUCUUAGCAGAGCACAAAACCAUUUCUGUCAAUAGCUGCAUUACACAGAUGUUCUUCAUCUUCCUGCUAGCUGUUACAGAAGGUUGUAUUCUCUCAGCAAUGGCUUAUGACCGCUACGCUGCCAUCUGUGACCCAUUACAUUACAUGGAUACAAUGAGCAAAGGGAUCUGUUUUCAGCUGGUGAGUGGUGCAUGGGCAAUAGGCUUCAUAGAUGCCCUGUUUAACACUGUUUUUGCCCUCAAGCUGCAUUUCUGUGGGCCCAAUCAAAUCAACCAUUUCAUCUGUGAGCUCCCUCAUCUAUUACGUCUGUCCUGCACUGAGACCCUCACCAAUCAAGUGAUGCUUUUUACUUCUGUUGUCAUACUUGGAUCAAGCUCCUUUUUCUUCACCCUGAUCUCCUACAUUCAUAUCAUCUCCACCAUCCUGAGGAUACGUUCUGCGGAGGGCAGGCGUAAAGCCUUCUCCACCUGCAGCUCCCACCUUAUUGUGGUUGGUUUGUUGUACUUGACAGUUUUUUUCCAGUACACCAAACCCAACUCAGUCUCAUCUGUGGUUCUGGAUGAAAUGUUCUCCAUCCAGUACAGCAUCUUGACUCCCAUGUUAAACCCCAUCAUCUACAGCCUGAAAAACAAGGAGGUGAAAACAGCUAUAGGGAAAAUGUUGGGGAAAUUCAAAUUUUUCAAGUAGUGUUGAUUUUAUUUAAAAACAAACAAACAAACAAAACAAAGAGCAUAGAACUGCGGAUAACUUGUGUUUGGCAUCUGGCACUGGCAUCUGACACUUUGGGCCAAAGCCUCAGCUGGUCUGAAUCAGUGCGGCUCCAUUAAACUCAGCAGGCCAUAUCCCCAUUGGGUAGAAGAGCUAUUGGAGCCAAGGGAACGAGAUCCUGGGUCUCCAUCUAGAGUGAAUGAUAGAAGCAUCAGGAUCUACAGCCAUUCAUGUGCUCUCUUUCUCUCUUUGGGCCAAUAUCUCUUUCA